CCCUUCCAUAAGCCCCAGCAUCGCCUUUUUGAAAUCAAAGAAAUUAGCAAGCAGCCCAAUAACACCCGCCCACUCCCCUCUCCUCUGCUCUUACCCACACGCCCGGCACGCAGACGACCUGACAUCCAUUGCAUCCCCGAACCUCGACCUCACCAUCGCCGAGCAUAGCCAACUGCCCGUCUGUUCGCAUCAGCUUCCAGUGCCUUCUCCCCCAGUAGCACUCUUCUUAUACGCUUCUCCACUGUAGCGAAACGGGCUCCGCAUAGCAGCUCAGAAAUCAGCACACACGACCACCAACUCUCCGCCCACCGACGACGCCUGCACCCACCGCCAAGCUGUUCUCUUCGACGUUCCGCCGGGCCUCGUCUUCGCGGUUUCUCUCUGCGUUUGCACUCCCAAUCGCCGCCGCGGCUUCGUCCCCUCAGCGAACACCGCCUGCCGCGGGGCUCUCGACCUUUCCGAGCGCGCCCUCGUCGCCCAGAUCGGGUUCGCGGAAGAUGCAUUCCAGAGUAGUCAUCAUUGGCUCGGGGCCAGCAGGCCACACCGCAGCGAUAUAUGCGGCCCGCGCCGACUUGAAGCCGGUCAUGUACGAGGGCUUUCUCGCUCUCGGCAUCGCAGCCGGUGGGCAAUUAACCACAACCGAUGAAGUCGAAAACUUCCCUGGAUUCUCGAAGAUCCAGGGGCAAAAAUUAAUGGAGCAAAUGCGCGACCAGUCCGAAGCUUGUGGUACCGAGAUCAUCUCCCAGACUGUCGCCAAAGUCGACCUGAAGUCCCGCCCUUUCAAGUACUGGCUGCACCCUAUGGGCGACGACGACGAAAUUGAGCCAGAAACACACACUGCCGACUCCCUAAUUAUUGCGACGGGGGCGAAGGCACGGAGGUUGGAUUUGCCGGGAGAGGACAAAUACUGGGGUAAUGGCGUCUCAGCCUGUGCAGUCUGCGAUGGUUCUCUGCCAAUGUUUAGAGAUCAGCCGCUAGUAGUUAUUGGCGGAGGAGAUUCCGCAGUCGAGGAGGCGCUAUAUCUCACCAAGAAGGCGAAGAAGGUUACCGUGUUGGUACGGAGAGACAAACUCCGAGCGAGCAGGACGAACGCGCGGCGAUUGACGACGCACCCGAAAAUCGAAAUCAUGUACAAUACGAACGCUACCGAAAUCAAGGGCGACGAGAAAAAGAACGGGCUCAUGACUCAUUUGGUCAUCAAGAAUAAUGUCACGAAAGAGGAGCAGACGAUUGAGGCUCGAGGGCUAUUUUACGCUGUUGGCCACGAUCCUGCAACUGCGCUCUUCAAAGACCAGCUGGAUAUGGAUGAGGACGGCUAUCUCAUUACUACGCCAGGCAGGGGUUUGACGAGCGUCGAAGGCGUUUUUGCCGCUGGAGACGUUCAGGAUAAGCGAUAUCGGCAGGCUGUCACCAGCGCAGGCUCCGGUUGUGUCGCAGCUCUUGAGGCCGAGAAAUGGCUAGCGGACCAGGAUGACAAUGUGCAAAACGAGCUCGAAGUAGAGAACCAGACGGAAAAGUCCCAGGUCAAUGGAGUUGUUCCCGAAUACCGCUCAAACCCGCUCCUAUGAGCAUCUUUCCGAUAUUGCCAACACCUGCAUCUAAGCGCCCGCGCUUCAACGCCGCAUUAAAAGUCCACUCCUCCUACCUCACUCAAAUUACCUUGAUGAAUUUCUCCUUUUUCUUUGGCAUUGGCCCAGGCUUUCUAUGCAUACCUUUAGCGGUCUCUUUCAAGUCACAAAUGGGGCUCUCCCCUGCUGGCUUUAGCAUCGAGUUUUUUGGUUUUUCUCUUCGGUAAAUCUUCUGUGAAUAGCCUUUACCAACCGCCAGUAGAGGCAAGAUAGACCAGGAUUAGUCGGAUUACUGUGUGAAGGGGCUAUUUUUGGUUUCGUUAUGGCUGGAGCCUGGUUUGUUGGCUCGCCGCAUUGGCAUGAUAGACUCGAGCUUAGGGUUUUGGUAGAGAGGAAUGAUUCGGGGGAUUAUAUACGAGCGAUAAUUGAGAGACGAAGAGGUCGAAGAUGG